AACCCGUAACUGCCGGCCGGCAUCGCCACUCCGCACUCACCAGUCAGUUGCCGGCACUCGUGGGGGGAGCACGCACGCCGCUCUCCGCAUUUAUUACUCCGAUAAAAUAAUCAUCAAUUAAACACGCUUCUUUAACGAAAAAUAUUUAUUUUGACGCAAAUUUUACGUGAAUUUUUAGUGAUACGUGCUUGUGUCGUGUUUUGCCGGCCUUCCACGUUUUAAAGGUGACCCUUCCAAAAAUGUGCUAAUUCCAAAUUCCGUAGUGUUCAAAAAUAUGAAUAUUAAGUGCAACUAGUGUGUGUUUGUGCGUUGUGCGUGAGUGACUGUUAACGAAAUGGAAGCUCUUGAAAGGAGGCGCAAGACGAUGGCCAUUGCCGCCCUACUGCUCUUCAUACUUAGUUCAUUGUGUCACAGAGUGGAAGGUCAGCGGAACAACACGAAGAUGUCUUACGUGUGCCCCCCGCAGUUCAUCAGGCUGGGGCACAGCUGCUACUUCUUCAGCGACACGCAGGCCACGUGGAAGGAGGCACUCUUCGCUUGCCAGGAUCGGGACAGUAACCUGUCGGUGCCAGCUCGAUGGGAGGACCGUAAUCUCAGAAACUACCUCAAUAAACCCGAUAUUGAGGAGGCCAGUCGUUGGAUCGGCGGCACGUACGACUACGCCGAGAAGGCGUGGCGGUGGGGCGGGGAGCUCCGCAAGAUGCACUACCAGUCCUUCUCCAAGAUGAAGAAGAUGUCGCCCGAGGAGCUGAACUGGCACUGUAUCGCCAUGAUGCCAAAACUGAAGUAUAGAUGGGCGCCCCGCAGCUGCCUUGAGAAACAACAUUUCAUCUGCCAAACAAAAUUGCGCAAAGUCCCUAAAUCGAAGAUGAACCUCCUCCGCCGGCGCUGGCAGCGCAUGGGCAAGAUCAACGAGAUCACCGUGCCAAGCGUCAGCCGGGAGGAAAACGACCCCAUGGUGAAUGACGUCACAGUAAACCCCAAGUCAUUCGACUUGCACCCCAACCCGCCGCGGCUCGGCAAAGGCCGGACCAAGACGAACCCAAUCCGAAACAACCCGAAAGCAUACGACCUUCGGCCCAAUGAGCUGAGGAAACGAUCGCGUCCGAGGCCGCAAAGGAAGCUGCAUAGACCAUUCCCUGGCUACACAUGGAACCGGCGCGACCCCGAAGGCUCGUACCAGCGCAACGCCAACCUCCUGCGCUCGGGGAAGACCGGUCUCAGUCCCCAGCAGAUAAAGACCCACCUAGCGCGUCUACAGCACAUGCGCGACAAGCAGAUCGCCAGACGCAACCGCCUUCGCGACAAGGACGACUGGCUCUCCAACGACCCGCGGCCGGCGCUUGCGCAAGCACACGCUAGGACCUACACCGUCAACAACAACAUCAGCGCGCUGCACCCCAAGAUCAUCGUGGAAGAGUUCGACAUGCCGCCUCCGCCGCCGCCCGCCCCUGUCGCCCUUCCCCGACCCACCCGCGGCGCUGGUUAAUACUGCUUCGUGCAAAUUCGGCAACAUUCGGAAACGUUCGUGAAUUCCUAGUGAUAAGUUCCUUUAUUCUCGUAUCUCGCUUCGAAUUCCCUUCGACUUAACCCUCGCUUUCACUAACGCUUCUCCCUUUGUACACAUUUACCGAUUUCAAUGUCCUUACUGUGGUGUCAUUGAGACGCGUUUGAUUCAAUGAGUGGACUAUGAGUAAGAUUAAAUUGUAUAUUGUGUAUGAAGUGCUGUGUUCUUCUCCUCUUUAUACUCUAGAGUUGCCAGAACGUGACGAAAAUUUUGUGAUGUUACGUGUAUAAUUGUAUUAAGAUUUUAUAAUUGUAUUUUAUGUAAUCAUAAUUUAACUGACGACCCAGUGAGUAUUUUCUGAAUGUGUAACUAGUUACCAUGUCUGUAAAAUCUAUUUUCGCAUGUAUUUAGUGGAUCUCACCAACUUUGGCGCAGACCUACUAAAUAUAUUCUCAUAUCACAUGUUCAGCAUCUAACAGUAUGCGUUAUAGUACAUUUUACUGAGUGAAUUAUAAUUUAUGCCCCAUCCGUUUAAUAUAAGUAGUUGCUAUAUUCCACUGUAUUUCUCCUGAUAAUAGAAUACAUAGGAACGCAAAGCUAUUGUAUUUAUGAAAAACUAGUCAGUAAGAUUACAUCAGAAAAUUAUAAUAUUUAAUCUAGAUUACGAACUAAAACUCAUAGAUCUAAUGAUUAGACAUGCCUGUCGACCACAGAGUAAUGAUUGUCUCUCAGAGUACCAAAGGCUUCGUGUGACAAUGGGUUCAUAUUUACGGGACAAACCGGCUCAUAAGCCGGUCGCCGAAUAAGAGACCAAUGUUUGUAUGAUCCGCCAUUUUGAGUUUGUUAUCGCUUAUAAAUUAUUUUGUCAGCUACAAAAAUAGCUGAACAAAUCAACUCGUCUUUAAACUCUUGUGUCUAUAUCAACAAUCUUUUUUUCUUAACCAAAAUAAACUUAAUUUUGUUAACUUCAUUUGAGAUGAACAGAAAAGAGACGAGAGAGAGAGAGAAGACCUCGAUUCAAGCUAACAUGUAGCGUUUUGAAGUUUUUAAUAUGUUCAUUUACUUUUGUUGCUGACUGUACGACAUAAGACUUGUGUGUCUGAGUGUGGUUAGACCUAUAUUUGUGUCCAUUUAGUGUAAUAACUUUCAAUUUAACUUAACGCGCUAUAGUUACUUGCACGUCGUUGUGUCAUAAAAUAGCUAAUAUCGAAAAUUAAAACAAUAAAAUAAAAUUUAUAUCGAGGUAAUCGAUGUUUCGGAAAGAAAUACCUUAACUCCUAGGCAUUCUAAUCAUCUAGAUCUAUGCUACAACCUAUACUAAACAUUAGAAUUACAAAAUAAAUAUAUAAUUAGGUUAAAAACAAUUUAAAAGUAACAUUUUCUCAUCGAUUCUUAAGUAUAUUUAUUUUAAAAAAUCAAAUUAAAAAAGUGUCGUACGUCAUAAUUGGCAUUUCGUGUUUAUUUGUAAGUUACGUUCCAAUCUGUUUUAUUUAGUUAAACUAAAUGUAAUUACUAACUGCCAAUAUUUUAAUCCUCGCAUUUAUAAAAUGUUUUUGUAUAAGUAUCGACAGUUUUAAGUACUUACUCUCUUACAUACGAGUAAAAAAGAGGUAAUUAUUUGUAAUAUUAAUAAAUUUACAUUAAACAAACCUGAUUUUAUGAUAAAUACAAUGCAUUUUCUUACAUUCGUAAAAACUAAAUAAAAAUGUUAUUAAUUUUCUUACUUAACAUAAUUUCAAUUUGAUUUAUCAAGUAUUUGAACUAUUUCUAUUUAAAAAUAAAACAGUUAAAAGUGUUUAAAUUAAGGAAGUUAUACUUACUAAUACUACAAAAAAAAUACGGCAGAAUCAUUUUAUAGUAGCGAGUAGCGCCAUCUAUCAGGCGAACGCAGAAAUUAUUAAAUGUAUUCACGUAAUAUUUAAUAAAUGAAAGUUUGCUUAAGUUAUUUAAAAUUCAAUAAAAGGAUACCUAGUCUAAAUAAAUGCAUUAAAUUAAAUAAGUAUUAUGUUUACAUUUACUUUUCUGCACAUACCUCUGUUUGAGAGACAUUUUAUACAAAUUCUUUGGAACUCAAUUUAAAUUUCGAAUACUUUUUUUUCGUUUUAUAUUUUUUUUUCUGUAAAUAAUAAAAAUUAAAAAGAAAUUAAAUGUUUACUUUGUAAGUAUCAACAGUGACGAACUCUUAAUUUUAAGAACAACAUUUUUAUUCUAUGUAUUAUGUGUAAUUAAUUAUUAUUAAGCAAAUAAAAAUAAUCUGAACA